AAGGUGACAAUGAUCAAGGUUUUGUGCAUUGCGUCUUUGUUGGUGGCGAUCGCGUGCCUAGACAAAGGGCACUGCCUUUGGUGCUACCAAUGCGAAGACGAGCCUUCCAACCAGAACUGUUUGAAAAUGGCUAAAUGUGCCAAAGCGGACAAAUUCUGCGUCACGACAGUUAUUGCUGCCGGAAGAGGUCAGAGCAGUGAGCAGCAGAUCACCAAAGCUUGUUCUCCAAAUUGCACAGAGCACAAGGUGGACACGGGCAUCGCAUCGGUUGCUACGCGAUGUUGCACUUCCAGCUUCUGUAAUUUUGAAGGGGAAUAGCUUGAAAAAGAUUUUCCGGACUUUGGGUUUCAUCCAGCAGGGCACAUCUAAAUACUCCCAGCCUCCAUCGCUUUGUUUAGUUUUUAUGUAUUGCAACCUUGGGCUUGUUCUUAAUAAAGUUUCGCCAUUCUGUUUC